ACCCUAAUCCCCCUUUCACAAACCCUAUCAUCUUCUUCUUCUUCAAAACCUCUCUCCAAAUCAGCCGCAUUAUCAUUUUCCGAAACCAGCAGCCAUGGGUCGAGUCCGUACAAAGACAGUGAAGAAAUCAUCAAGAGUAGUAAUCGAACGUUACUACUCAAAAAUGACACUCGAUUUCCACACAAACAAGAAAAUCUUGGAAGAAGUCGCAAUCAUCCCAUCAAAAAGACUAAGAAACAAAAUUGCUGGGUUUUCGACACAUUUAAUGAAGAGAAUCCAAAAGGGUCCAGUGAGAGGAAUCUCAUUGAAGCUGCAAGAAGAAGAAAGGGAAAGGAGGAUGGAUUUUGUACCUGAUGAAUCCGCCAUUAAAGUUGACAGAAUUGAAGUUGAUAAAGAGACUAUUGAGUUGUUGGCUAGUCUUGGUAUGAGUGAGCUUCCUGGGAUUGUUUUGAAAGAAGAUGCUAAUGUUGGUGCUGGUGGUGUUGGUGGGAUUCCUGGUGGUUAUGGUGGUGGUCGUGGUGGUGGUGGUGCUGGAAGGAGGUACUAAUGAAGUAAUGAUUUAAGAUUAUGUUUCUGAUGUUUUUAAUGUUUUUAAUGUUGUUUAUGACUAUUGUUAUGAGGAUUAUGUGUUUUCAAGUUUUAGGAUUUUGAUGGAUGGUGUUAUGAUUACUACUAUGUUUUUGGUUAUCUAAGUUUGGAUUAAAGUUCAAAACUUUUAAGUU